AGGACAGCUGAUUGCUUCCAUCGAUUGCUUGACAGCGGCAACGUAAACAUUGGUUUUGCCGCUGUUGCGUAAAAUUAAAACAUAUCUGGCCCAUACUCUGCACACGAUCGUUUUCCCGCCGCCGGCAACACAAAUUAUGAGCUCUCUCAGGCGUGAGGCCCUUCGUUGGUACAAAAUAUUGCAGCGUACCAAGAAUGAGGUGUUCUCCGGUGACUUUCGUACCAUUUCCGCCGCACGGCAACGCAUCCGGGAAGAGUUCGUCAAGAACAAAGAUAUUAAAGAUGAGAAGCAAAUUAAGGAGAAGAUUCAAAUCGCCAAGGAUGUCGAUGUCGAACUGCGCCGAUCGGUAGUGCAGGCGGUGAGGAAGCAGCCGACCCUGUUCGGUAAGUCGUGUGUGACCGUUGGUGGCCGAUGGCCAAACAUCCGGCCCGCUGUACUUACGAUGAGUUUUAUUGCGUUUGCAUCAUUUACAGAGGCUCGCAUCACGCCCGACACGAGAAAGAUGGACAAUGUAAUGUUCGAUCCGGACGCAGAGCUACCUCCCCCUCGGAGCAAAAAGUGUAGUGAUAAAAAAUCGUAAAAUGUAUGUCUUCCACGACCGACACGGGGCAGCGGGCAAUCGGUCGGCGCACCAUUUUUCGGUGUAAGCGACGGUGCCCCUUGUUUGCGUGUGUGUAUGUUAGCGAAAUUGUUACCUGGUAUCAAGAGGUUCUUAGCUCAUGGCAUUUCCCAGUAGACGGCAAUUCUUAAUCCCAACGAUGAUUACUUACCUAAAUUCGAGCCUGAUACGGUCAAGUGGUUGUUUCUAAAUUGCUCUCCCUCUUUGUUGUCCUCUCAAUUUAGCGUUAACAUCCUUCCACACGGGAGAAUAUGGUAGAUGCAAUUAUGGUUCCAUAUCUUAACAUUAUCUUAACCGAGUGUUGGUAGAAAUUUGAAGCUAAUUUGAGUUUAUUGAAAGCGACAGCGGGACCGACGAAAGUGCGCGACGCUUGAACGGAAAGGUAUUAGUGAUUUACAUUGUUAAAAGGCCUGGUUUUGUUUGCUUGUUAGGCACCUCAUCACCUCAUCCCGUAAAUUUUAAGCAAUAGACAUAUUCAAAAUAAAAUUUUGAUGUUAAUGUUUAGAUUGCCCUUGCAAGCAACAAACUGCUGAUAACAA